UUUUCCUUGCUUUCAAAGUCUUCCUUUCUUCAAUCAAUCAUUAUCAUUUUAUCUCCUCGUGUUUCCCCCAUUUUCUCAUUCACCGGAAAGGAAAAAAACCUAACAAAGCAAGCUUAGCGGCCGAAGCAGAGAAGCUUGUAAGCAUUUUCUUCAUCAAUGGCAAAUUCAUACCCUCACUUUACAACCAGACCCGUCACAAGAGACAACAGCAGAUACAGAAACAGUACUAAUAAUUACACGCGCUUUGCUGGUAAGUUGUUUUUUACUUUCUUUCUCAUUGCAAUCCCAUUGUUCCCUUCCCAAGCUCCAGAUUUCGUCAACCGAACGAUACUCAACAAGUUUUGGGAACUACUCCAUCUUAUGUUCAUCGGCAUUGCUGUUUCUUAUGGUUUGUUUGGUCGUAGGAAUGUUGAUAAUGGUAAUCUUGAUGAUUCUCAGUCUAAUGUUCCUGGAAUGUUCCAUCUUUCUCCUAUUUUUGAAGAUGGUUUUGAUCACUCGAUGUACUAUAGUGGGCAGGGUAAAGAUGGAUUUUUUAAUGCUAAAAAUGGUAGCUUUGAAAACCCUUAUGAGGAAAAUGUUGUUCAAGCUUGGAGUUCUAAGUGUAUUCAAAGGGAACCCAUUGUUGUGUUGGCUCAACCAAAUUGUGGUAUUGAAAAGUAUGGUGAAUCAGGUUCCAAUACUGACUAUAAACCUUUGGGGUUGCCUGUUAGGAGCUUAAAAUCCAGAGUUGGAAGUCGGGGUAGUCCUGAAUUUGGGAAUGGAUCAAGCGAGUCUUCUGGUACAAGCGUGAAGGAUUUGUCGCAUAGUUCUGAUAAGUGGAGAAGUGAGACGUUUGAUGAUUUAGGUUCUGAAAAUUUGGAGGGGAAGUUUAGUGAGAGUCAUGUUUUAGGUUCCCCCAUUCCUUGGCGUGCGAGAUCUGGAAGGAUGAGAGAGAGAGUUCGGGGCGGUGCCACUCGUCCUUCUCAUUUUAGGCCUCUCUCAGUUGAUGAAACUCAAUUUGACUCACUCAAAUCACGAUCUUUAAGAUCCACAGUUUCAUUCUCUUCACAAGUUGGUUCACAUUCACAUUCACCGAGUAGCCUGUCACCCUCACACUCCAAUUCUUCAGAAUCACCAAAGUCCAAUAUGAGUGAAUUGGUGAAGGAAAGGAGUCCUCGCGGGUCUUUUCCUCCUACUACUUCAUCAUCAAUACCAAAACCCAUGAGUAGCAAAGCUUCAGUGACUGCAUCACAUUCUCGGCAGUAUAGUGAUGGCUCCUUGUUGGCGAUCCAUGCAAGGAAAUGCUUUGAGGAUGAGUUGAAGGAAUUCUGUGACAGCAGAAAAGAUGAUUCAUCAUGUAGUAAACAGUGGAUUUCAGGUUCCUUCAAAUUUGAGGCAAAUCCCGCAGCUCCUUCUAAGGCUUCCUCAAGAGGAAAGUCAGUUAGGACUUUUAGGACUUUUAGAGCUAAUGGCAAUACCGUAGGGGCAAGAGAGGCUGGAGAGAAGAAUGAAAAUCAUUUAAAGGGAAAGUUGGCAGUGGCAUCUGAUGAAGUUGAAGAGGCUUACGCGGACAAAAGUGAACCAAAUAUUGGAGGGCUUAAUAAUCACUCAGUUGGGUUCAACGGGCAAAAUCUUGGAGGUGACUGUUAUAUGCCAAAGCCAAUAUCUCUCAAAAACCAGAACAAAGAAAAACAAGAAUGUUCUGAGCAUGCUGCUGUAGAGUUUGGAGAAGACUCAGAGAGAGAGAAUGAGGAUAUUCAAGUAAGCUCAGAUGACGAAACCAUGUCUGGAACCUUCUGUGCAGCAGGAAGUGAUACUUAUGAGGUUGACAGGAAGGCUGGUGAGUUCAUAGCAAAGUUCAAAGAGCAGAUUAGGCUUCAGAGAACGACAUCAAUUGAUACACCAAGAGGGCUCAACAUCGCUGGUAACAUUUUUAGGUGAAAAUAGCUGCAAUAUACAGCUAUAAAUUUCUAACAUAAGGGUACAAUGAUUAUUUGGAAGUUGAGAAUUCUUCAUCCUUAUGGUCCUGGCAUAGUGGCCUUCCUCUUGUUUGUCAUUCUGUCUUGCCUACUUUACAAUACACAGUUGAAAAUAGGAUUUUUUUUUAACUUAUUACUACUAGAAUCAAGUUUCUGCAGAACCGUAUUCAAUGGUGACAACAUGUUUUGAAUUAUUAGUUCAAAAGCUGCAAAAUUCAUUGACUUUUGCUUCA